GGCUGCCUGUGCCGCCCACGGCGUCUGGUCGGCGCCCCUCGGCCGGUGCGACUGCGGCCCGUACCGGUGGGGCGCCACGUGCGCCGUGCCGGUGGUGCCGGUGCCGCGGCCGAGCAUGUACGUCUGCGUGAUGAACGACUCGGCGCCUUGGUGGUGCGAGCUCCCCGCGUGCGAGGCCAGCAAGGCCGAGAGAGCGGCGCCGGUGCUCGGCGCGCCGCCCCGCCAGUGCACAGGAGAGCCCCUCUCGGCUUGCCCGAGCAGCUGCAACGGCCGCGGCUCCUGCCUGGGCGGCGCCUGCCGCUGCUACGCUGGGUUUCGCGGCGCGGCGUGCGAGGAGUCCGACAAGGACAACUCCUGCCUGCAGGGCUGCUCCGGGCGGGGCGAGUGCCUCAAGGGCUUCUGCCGCUGCACGCCGCCUUGGUGGGGCGCCGACUGCGCGCUCGGGGCGACGGCCAGCGAGUGGCCACGCUGUUCGCGCAGGCCUUGCAUCUACGUGUAUGAGCUGCCGGCGAGGAUGAACGUGCUGGCACUCAAGGUCGAGUUCGACUGGCGCAUCCAGGCGCCGGGACGCAAGUACGACUACCGCUUCCCGCUGCUCUUCCACGAGGCUCUGCUCGGGUCGGGGCAUCGCACUAGCGACGCUUCGCAGGCGGACCUGUUCUUUGUGCCGACGUACGACUUUCAAGGCUCGUGGGGGAACCCAGAGGUCUACUUCCGCGCGGCGCGGUACGUCUCGCAGGCAUGGCCCUACUGGAACGCCUCUGGCGGGGCACGCUCCCUCUCGCGGACCAGCGUCCAUCUGGAGUGUGCGCCGGCGCGAGCGUCGCCCGCCCGCUCUCAGGCGGACCAUCUGUGGGCAGUGGCCCGCGACGCGGGCGCGUGCGCGACUCCGUGGGGCUCCUUGGCCGACGAGCUGGCCUCCUCGUCGCUGCUGCUCAACUGGGGCGGCGAGCGCUGCUAUGAGGCGGCGCGCGACCUCGUCGUCCCGGGCGCGCUCGUCCACUCCAUCGUUGCGAAGUCGCCCUUUUGGGGCGACGCGGCGGCGGUCGCGACGGCGCACCGCCGGCGCAGCACGCGCCUCUUCUUCAUCGGCGCCCUCUGCUGGAAGAUCUCGGACAAGACCUUUGCCGGCGCCGAGGGCUUUCGCCUGUACGCCACCGACUACCCGCCGUCGAUGCCGCGGCGGCGCGUUAACGUCAACGAGGAGAUCCUCGCUUCUCAGUACUGCCUCUGCCCGUCCGGCACGGGAUGGGGAAUGCGCGUCUACCACGCGGCGGUGCUCGGCUGUGUGCCGGUGCUGGUGCAGGACGACGGCGCGCAUCCACGUGUGGCUCAGGCGUUCGAGCCCGAGUUGCGUUGGGACAGUUUCUCAGUCAUUGUUCCGCGUGCCGCCGUCGCCAAUCUGUCGGCAGUGCUCGCCGCCACCGACCUCCAGGCCAAACAGCGUGCGCUUGCCACGACCUGGCACCGGAUGAUUUGGCGCAACGCGCUGCAAUCGCCACAGCGUGAGAAGCUGCCGUCACCGGACGCCUUUGAGGCGACGGUGGCCUCGCUCGGCCGGCUUGUAGAGCGGCGCAGCGAAAGAUUACAAGAGAGGGUGUGAGGAUUCCUCACAGCUCUCUGUGUCUGUGAUCACAGAUCACAGAGGGAGGGCGCGAGCGGCCCGCGGCGCGGGCGACACCCACACACAGCAACACUAUUUUAUCACGACGCGAAAAUGCUAAAUGGCAAGCUAUC